AUGUCGUUCAAUUGGAGAUACACAUAUUUUGUAUCCAUUGGACUUCGGUUCAUAUUGGCACUUUCUAAUUCAUAUAUCCAUCCUGAUGAGCAUUUCCAAAAUUUCGAAGUUAUAACUCAUCGUAUUUUGGGAUUCUCCACGAGUAUUCCAUGGGAAUUCACCUCCGAUUCUCCUGCUAGAAGUUUGGGACCUUUGUAUUUAAUUUAUGGACCGGUAUUAUACGCAAUCAAGGUCUUUGGCUUACAAUUCUCCCCACUUCAAAUUAUGUAUCUUUUCCGAAUCAUUUUCCUCGUUGUCAGUUGGUUGGUGAUUGAUAUUUCAAUUCAUAAACUUUUACCUACACGCCCAGAACGUAUAAAGGGUAUAUUUUUCGUUCUGACAUCGUAUGUGGUCUCUGUCUAUCAGUCCCACUGUUUCAGCAAUAGUGUUGAAACUUUGGUAUUGAUCUUGUGUGUCUUGAUAAUAGAAGAAUUGAGAUAUCAUACCAAUUUUGAGGUACCAACUCAAGCCAAUAUACUUUUAGGACUCUUGGGAGGUUUAGUGUCAUUUGGAAUCUUUAAUAGAAUAACAUUCCCAGCUUUCCUUAUUAUCCCAUCAUAUUUUGUGGUAAAGUUCAUUUGGUAUUCUAAAAGUAUCAUCAGAUCAAUCUUACUGGGCUUAAUUGGGUUUAUCUUACCCACUCUGUUAUUUAUUUUGAUAGACACUAUUGGGUUUGGUCAUUUAGAUAGAGUUUUGUCUGACCCAUUACAAUUUACCAACUAUGUGAUCACUCCUUGGAAUAGCUUGGUAUAUAACACAAAUGCCUCAAAUUUAGCUAUUCAUGGAAUUCAUCCAUAUUACACUCACCUUUUGAUUAACCUACCACAAUUAGUUGGUCCUGCUGGGUUAAUCUUCUUAUUCUACAAGAGGAAUAAGUACUAUACAACAAUUCCAUUCUUAACGGCAGUCAGUGGGGUGGUAUUCCUUUCCAUAGUUCCUCACCAAGAGUUAAGAUUCUUAAUUCCUAUUGUGCCAUUGUUAUGUUGCUGCUUUGAUUUAGAGAAAUUCUCUGAAAUUGGUACAUCUCCAACACAAUCUCCAAAACUUAUGACUUUUUUAAUGACUCUUUGGUAUGGUUUCAAUAUUAUACUUGCAUUCUUAAUGGGUACAUUCCACCAAGGAGGGGUGCUUCCAGCUUUGGAUUACUUCCAUGAAACCCAAAAAGAAAAUACAUCAAUGGCUCAAGUUUGGUGGCGUACUUAUUCUCCUCCUUCCUGGUUGUUGGGUAGUACCUCACUUCAAAUAGUUACCCACACCUCACACCUUACAAAGGAUACCCUCCCUACACAAGGAACUGUUUUAGUAGAUACUAUGGGUAGUGACUAUCAACAUGUAUUAGAUACAGUAAAGGAACUCAAAUCUACAGGCUUUGAAAAGGUGUAUCUUGUUACUCCAAUUUCAUCCUAUUUGAUCGACGUGAAAAAUAAGCAUGAUUAUGAGGCAAUUUGGAAUUAUACAACCCAUUUGGAUUUAGAUCAUAUCGAUGUAAGUGAUACCAGAUCAUUGACGCCUGGAUUAGGAAUCUACGAAUUAUUAUAG